AUGUCACUGGUUGAACUCAAGGAAGACGAGAAAAGCUUAAGCUUCCUUCAUAGCGAAGGUCAAAUUCGCGAAAACGGUGACGAUUCCAGUGUCGAAAUUGACUUGGAACCCAUCAUCCACCAGCGUAUUCCUCAUGAUGAUGAAGUUGAGGAAUAUCACUCGGUGCUAAAUCGCUGCUAUGAAUCGAUGAACAAGUUGACGGAGGCGCAGAAAGAAGUAGGAAGUGCCCAGCAAGGUCCGCUUACAGAAGAAGACGUCAAAGUUCUGGAAGGGGAGGUCGCUCUUUGUGACAAACUGUCCGAGUUGAUGCAAAAAGAAUCACGCACUCUCACCUCGCAAAUUCUCCAUGCAAAGCGGAACCAUCUAGGCGAUUAA